GUUAUCUCAUUGGAUAGAGGACAGAGUCGCCAAGAUGGCCGUGCAUCGGACACUUGUUGUGUUGGCAAUACUCUCGUCCUGUUUGGCAGAAAAAUACAAGGAUGGAGCGAAAGUAGAAGUAUAUGUGAAUAAAGUAGGACCAUAUUUUAACCCUCAUGAGACUUACCACUACUAUCAGCUACCUGUAUGUAGGCCUCAAAAAAUAGAACAUAAAAGCCUGUCGUUGGGGGAGGUGUUGGAUGGAGACAGAAUGGCUAAGUCUCUGUACGACAUCAGAUUUAAAAAGAACAUCUCUCCUGCCCAGGAGCUGUGUAAGACUACCCUGUCAGAGGCUGACCUGGCUCAGCUCAAAGAGGCCAUUGAAGACCUGUACUACUUUGAGUUUGUCCUAGACAACAUUCCAGUGAGAGGUUUUCUUGGUCACCUAGAAGAGGGAGGUUUUCUUCCUCACAAUCACAAAGUACAGCUGUGGACUAAUAUUCAUUUUAAUAUCCAGUAUAAUGGAGACCAGAUUAUAUAUGCUAACAUCUCUACCAAAGAGCAUGAGCCAGUGAAUCUAGAUGACGCUGUGGCACCUUUUGAAAUACGCUUCACUUACAGCGUAAAGUGGCAUCCAACUAAGCUGAAGUACAGUGACAGGGACAAACUGGUGAAAGGGACGAGCUUCUUCCCUAAAACCUUGGAGAUCCACUGGCUGUCCAUCAUCAACAGUUUGGUUCUGGUAUUCCUCCUGUUAGGAUUUGUGGUCAUUAUUCUGACAAGGGUACUGAAGAAUGACUUUGCUCGCUACAACACUGAUGAUGAGGAUGGUGAAGAGCUGGAUAAUGACGACAAUGGCUGGAAGAUCAUCCACACCGAUGUGUUCAGAUUCCCACCUUGUAAAUCUCUGUUCUGUGCAAUUCUGGGUGAGUUGACAGACUGUAAUGAUCUACAGCUAUUUAUAGCACUGCCAGUAGCUGGUCGUUUAGACAGGAAGAUGACGUAA